UCUCCUCCACCAGGUCAGGCGGUGGCUGCAAGAUGGGGUGGCUGGGCCAGGUGCUGCUGUGGCUGCAGCUUUGUGCACUGACCCAGGCUGCCUACAAACUCUGGGUUCCCAACACCAACUUUGACACCGACACCAACUGGAGCCAGAACCGGACCCCAUGUGCAGGAGGCUCCAUCCAGCUCCCGGCAGACAAGAUGGUGUCGGUCCUGGUGCGAGGGAGCCAUGCUGUCGCCAACCUGCGCCUGCCGUUGGAUGGGGAGCUCGUCCUGGCCUCUGGAGCGGGGUUCAGCGCCGCCGAGGAGGGCCCGCGCCCCGACUGCGGCUCAGGGCUCCCCGCGCUCUUCCGCGACCCCGACCGCUUCUCCUGGCUCGACCCGCACCUCUGGCGCGCUGAGGCCGAGGCGCCCGGCCUCUUCUUCGUGGACGCCGAGCGCGUGCCCUGCGUCCACGACGACGUCCUCUUCCCGACUGACGCCUCCUUCCGCGUGGGGCUGGGCCCGGGCGCCAACCCCGUGCGCGUCCGCAGCGUCUCGGCGCUGGGCCAGACGUUCACGGGCGACGAGGACCUGGCCGCGUUCCUGGCGUCCCGCGCCGGCCGCCUGCGCUUCCACGGGCCGGGCGCGCUGCGCGUGGGUGCCGAGGCCUGCGCCGACCCCGCGGGCUGCGAGUGCGGCGGCGCCGAGACGCUGCCCUGGGUCUGCGCCGCGCUCCUCCAGCCCCGGGGCGGCCGCUGUCCCCCCGCGCCCUGCCGUGACGCCCUGAGGCCCGAGGGCCAGUGCUGCGACCUCUGCGGAGCCUUGGUGUCGCUGACCUACGACGCCGCUGUCUUCGACCUGGAGCGGUACCGCGCGCGACUGCUGGACACCUUCCUGGCCCAGCCGCAGUACCAGGGGCUGCAGGCGGCCGUGUCCAAGGUGCGGCGCGACGAGGGAGCCGGCGUCCAGGUGGUGCUGCUGGAGCCUGAGUCCGGGACACGAGGCGCGGGGCGGCUGGGGCGCGCGCUGCUGGCGGACGCCACUGAGCACGGCGCGGCCCUAGGGGUGCUGUCGGCAGUGCUGCGGGAGUCAGGCGCGCCCCUUGAGAGCGGCUCUGCGGAGGGGCAGGACGCGCCUGGGUCCCGUCCAGGGCUCGUGGGUGGCUUGGCCACGGUGGGCCUGCUCGUGCUGUUGCUGGCAGUGCUGGGGACCGGGUUGGUGCUGCACCGCUCCGGCCGUCUCAGGUGGAGGAGACACCAGGAGGCGGAGUCCCAGCCCAUAGGACUGCCCCAGGGAUUCUCCAACCCCGUGUUCCACGUGGCGACCUGGGAGAAGCAGCCCUCAGCGCAGCUGCCCAGCGCGGCCCUGAAUGUGGACAGCAGCACCUGCUAUUUCGUGAACCCGCUGUUUGCCGCCCAGACCGAAGUCUGAUCCGCAGGCCCCCACCUCCUGCACAGCGGGACACCUACCUCCAGGCCGCCUCCCGCCCCACCCCGAGCUCCUCAAUAAAGGGUUUUCUGCACCCUGA